UACCUUGUAAAUUAAUUUUUUUAUUUCAGAGAUUUGAUAGUUUAGUGAACUUUAGGUGAUUUCUUCAAAUAAUAUGCUAGCUUACUCUACAUAAUAUUCAUGUUAGUUGAAGUUUCGGGAGAGUGUUCCGGGAUGACGGGCCUUUACAGUCAGGAGUAUUGGAAGGAGUUGGAUCAAUGUAAUUCUCUCCUUCUGCCUACUCUGGACCAUGAGUCCAAUAACAUUGAGAUGGAGGAGCUAGAAGAGAUUGCCUCUAAUUUUCCCUGCUUUAAUCCCUCCAAUCUCCAGCCUGCACUUAUACCUGUCACCCUCCAGCAGUUAACCUCCACCAGGAUACAGCCUCGGUCUCCAACCAAACUUGAGAUCGGACCUUCUAGCUUAGAGAUUCUUUCUCCCAGAUCCCCUUCUCAUAAUAUUCAUUCUCUUCCUACAAUCAUUUCUCCCCGCCUCCCUCCCUCCCGCCCUCAUUCGACUGUGAUAUCCCCUCACCUGCAUCCUCAACCCCUUCAUCCUCAUCCUCAUUCUCAUCUUCAUCCUCAUCCUCAUCCAUCUCUUCAUUUAUCGCAUCAAUCCCAGUCAAUCAAUUCAUCUCAUAUAAAUUCCUCAAACCUUCUCUCUAUUAUAUCUUCAUCCCACCAUCUCCCCUCAACCCCUUCUCCACACCAUCUUCCUUCAGCGCCUUCCCCCCAUCACCACCCCACUGCACCAUCCCCUCAUCAUAUACCCCCUGCCCCUUCCCCAAACCCCCUUUCUCCAAUCCAAAGAACGAGAUGCAACACAUGGCCACGAAUGUUACAGAGCCAGGAUAUGAAUGAGAGCUUUUAUGACGCGGAUCCUAGUACACCGGUCACCUUUCCUUCCCAACCUGGAGGUCCUUACUGCUGUAUACCUGGAUCUAAUCCAUCUAGGGCUGGACCCCCCGCCCUUUUACCCCUCUCCUCACACCCUUCACCCCCUACCCUUCUACCUUUACUUUCGGAAGAAAUCCAAGAAGAUCCAGAUGAAGAUGAAAGUAUGAAUGAACAGAAACAGAAAAUAUCUCGAAGGAACCCCUGGGGGAACUUUAGCUAUGCAGAUCUUAUUACUCAGGCAAUACAGAACUCACCUGGGCAACGUCUCACCCUUGCUCAGAUCUAUGAUUGGCUGAUAGUAAAUAUUCCAUACUUUAAGGAGAGAGCGGAUGUGAAUAGUUCGGCUGGCUGGAAGAAUUCUAUUCGGCAUAAUCUGUCUCUACACACUAAGUUUGUCAAAGUUCAAAAUGAAGGAACAGGAAAAUCAAGUUGGUGGACUAUUGCACCAGAAAUUAAACAAGCACCAAAACCCCCCAGACGGCGAGCAGCGUCAAUGGAGAGCAGUAAACUGAAGAAGGAAAAGGAACGAGCAAUGCACAAAGUCAGGGCUCGUUUAGAGAGAGCCUCAAGUACAAAUUCUACUGGAUCAUGCUCAGGUUUAAGUUCUUGUUCACUGUUCAGUAAUGAACCAUCCAGUCCAUCAUCGUUUAGUUUCCGUGGAAUAGAGUGUAGACCUCGUACUAGUUCAUCAACUAGCUCAGAUUCAAGCUAUACACACAGAACAGACAGUGAUGUAUCUGUUUCCUCCUGUCUUGAUCUAGCUGACCUACAAAGAUGCUGUAUUAGUCAAAAUCCUGGCAGUGAUCUGGAUAAUAUACAUUUGGAUAAUCUGAAUAUUCAACCUGGGAAUAUUAUAAGAGAAUACCUACACCCUGGCUCAACCAGUAAACAAACACCGGAACAAAUGGAGUACAGUCGUGGUGGGUUAAACUGUAGGAAACCCAAAUCUUACUCUAGGAGAUGGUUGAGAAGAAACCAGAGAUUAAAGUGGAAUUCGACUCGUCCCAGCAAGAUAUCUCCCAGAAACAACAUCUUCUGGAUGUUGAUCAAGAUCAAGAUCAUCUCUCUCAAGAUCAGGAUCAUCUUCCUCAUGAUCAUGAUCAGGAUCCCUGGAAAUCUACUGCAUCCUUUUCUCUAUAUCAGCAGAUUAUGGAGAAUAAUCAGAAUAAAGGUUCUCUCUCCUCCCUCUCUUCUUUGUGAAGAAGAAACAAGUUCACCCACUCACCCAUCCAAUAAUCCAACCUUCCAUCCAUCCCAUACUCUAACCUUUCAUCCAUCCCAUACUCUAACCUUUCAUCCAUCCGAUACUAUAACCUUUCAUCCAUCCAAUGCUUUAACCUUUCAUCCAUCCCAUACUCUAACUUUCAUGCGUUCCAUACUUAAACCUUUCAUCCUUCAAUACUCUAACCUUUCAUUCGUCCCAUACUCUAACCUUUCAUCCGUCCCAUACUUUAACCUUUCAUCCGUCCCAUACUCUAACCUGUCAUCCGUCCCAUACUCUAACCUUUCAUCUAUCCAAUACUUUAACUUUCAUCCGUUCCAUACUUCAACCUUUCAUCCUUCCCAUACUCUAACCUUUCAUCCGUCCCAUACUUUAACCUUUCAUCCGUCCCAUUCUCUAACCUUUCAUCCGUCCCAUGCUCUAACCUUUCAUCCAUCCCAUACUCUAACCUUUCAUCCGUCCCAUACUCUAACCUAA